GAGGGAGCCGGGAGCCCCGCCGCGGAGGCGCUGCGCUACCCGGAGCUUUACGGCCAUUUGCUUUAAUUCUUUUAUUGCCCCCCGGUCGCCCCUUCCUCUCUGCUCGCAGGAGCCAGUCGAGGCGGCGGGGGCUGCAUCCCCCCUCCCCCCCUUUUUUUUUUAAUUUUUUUUUUUUUUUUUUAAUUUUCAUCGCCGCCAUGGGAUGUACCCUGAGUGCUGAGGAAAGAGCCGCCCUGGAGCGGAGCAAGGCCAUCGAGAAGAACCUGAAGGAGGACGGGAUCAGCGCGGCCAAAGACGUGAAACUCCUCCUGCUCGGAGCCGGAGAGUCGGGAAAAAGCACCAUCGUGAAGCAAAUGAAGAUCAUCCAUGAGGAUGGCUUCUCUGGAGAAGAUGUGAAGCAGUACAAGCCAGUGGUCUACAGCAACACUAUACAGUCACUGGCAGCUAUUGUCCGUGCCAUGGAUACCUUGGGCAUUGAGUACGGUGAUAAGGAGCGACGGCUGGAUGCUGUAGGCAAGCAACUGAACCACAUGGCCAGUGCUGCACCAGAGGCUGCACUACCCCAGGAGCUGCUGUCAGCUAUGAUGAGGCUCUGGGCAGACUCUGGGAUCCAAGAAUGCUUCAACCGGUCCCGGGAAUAUCAACUCAACGAUUCAGCCCAAUACUACCUAGACAGCUUAGAUCGAAUUGGAGCUGCAGACUACCAGCCCACGGAGCAGGAUAUCCUCCGAACCAGGGUCAAAACAACUGGCAUCGUAGAAACCCAUUUCACAUUCAAAAACCUCCACUUCAGGCUCUUCGAUGUCGGGGGCCAGCGGUCGGAACGCAAGAAGUGGAUCCACUGCUUUGAGGACGUCACAGCCAUCAUCUUCUGUGUCGCGCUGAGUGGCUACGACCAGGUGCUCCAUGAAGACGAAACCACGAACCGCAUGCACGAAUCUCUGAAGCUUUUUGACAGCAUCUGCAACAACAAAUGGUUCACAGAUACAUCUAUCAUCCUGUUUCUAAACAAGAAGGACAUAUUUGAGGAGAAAAUUAAGAAAUCUCCACUGAGUAUCUGCUUUCCUGAGUACACAGGUCCCAACGCUUUCACGGAGGCGGUGGCGUACAUCCAGACUCAGUACGAGAGCAAGAACAAGUCUGCCAAUAAGGAGAUCUACACUCACAUCACCUGUGCCACCGACACCAACAACAUCCAGUUCGUCUUCGACGCUGUCACGGAUGUCAUCAUCGCCAACAACCUGCGGGGGUGUGGACUCUACUGA